GUCGGGGAGAGUUGUAAUGAGGCCUGAAACAGGUAAACACAGAGCUUCAGAAGCAGCCAGCUUCUUGGACUUCUCUUUAGUACCUAGGAGUCUUCACUGAGGGAGGAGCAAUGUAAUAUUAGCUGGGCUAGCAUGUGUACAGGGCCUGCGCAGGAGCCAAGAGCCUGGGCUGAAAGGCAGGGAUGAGUUAGGCAGGUGGGCUGAGGCCAAGAAGCUGAGGGACCCCUGGAUGCUGUGCUUGUGAAUCCCAGGAGGCGUGCUCUGAGCUGCUGCGGUCUGUGGUUACGAGGGCCUAGCUGACCAGGCAGUAGUGAAAAUACUCUUUUUUUUUAAGCACACAGAAAUGUUAGGGGGAUAUAUUUUUAUUUUACAGAUGGUUGUGAGCCACCAUGUGGUUGCUGGGAUUUGAACUCAGGACCUCUGGAAGAGCAGUCACUGCUCUUAACCGCUGAGCCAUCUCUCCAGCCCUUAUAUUUUUAUUUUAAUCUCAGGUGGGAUAUGGAGCUGUUUUAGCUUCUCCACAGCAGCUGACUGUGAUUUGCCUCUAGCAGGGGUGUGAUUUUGCAAGCUGCAGAUAAUUUUUGCAAAUAUGUGUAUAUUUGGAAUUCUGGGGACUUUUCAGAGGAUAUUGUAAACGCUAGGGCCCCAAUAGAAGGGGCUGGUUGGCCGGCUGCUGGUUGGAUGCGGUUUGUGGCAGUUUGUUGCAUGUUCGAAGAGAGGAAAAGAAGAAAUUAGAUAUUCUGCCUCAAGGAACUGACUCCCUAAUCUCAGGAAGCAGUCUACCUCUUCCUUUCUGUUUCCUCAAGUAGAGUUCGUGUUUUCCCGGGCGGAAGGUUUCUCUUUCAGACUGUUUCUGUGUCAUUUACCUGCCCAGCUCUUCGUGCUGUUGCCUCUUUCCCUCUGCUCUCUCUCUUGUUCUUCCUGCCUGUUUCUCCACUUUUAUCGAUUUUACCUUUAGCUUUGGACAUAAGCCUUUUCUACUUCAGGAGAAAUCUCUUUGUCGUCAUCAGAUACAAGCAUUUCUUUACUCUCUGCCUUUUGCAAACCAUCAUUCAUGUUCAUUCUUUGUGGUUUGGGGCUGAAAAGUCUGCAUAUUGUUAAACUUUCCUUAGCUGGAAACAGUCCAGCUCUGCUCUUCUCGCCAUUCUGUGGUCACUAGGGCCUAGAUGACCCAGGCCUAAAAUGUUGUUUGUUUGUUUGGUUUUGGGUUUUUUUUUAAGAUUUUAUUUAUUUCUGUCUGUGAGUACACUCUUGCUGUCUGCAGACACUCCGGAAGAGGACAUCGGAUCCCAUUACAGAUAGCUGUGAGCCACCAUGUGGGUGCUGGGAAUUGAAUUGUUUUUUUUAAGAUGUUAAUUGUUUUUAUUUUAUGUAUAUGAGUUUGCCUAAACACAUGUCUAUGCACUGCAUGCAUGCCUUACCUGUGGAGGCCGGAAGGGGAGGGCGUAGGACCCCCUGAAAACUGAGUUACAGACGGUUGUGAGCUGCCUCAUGGGUGCUGGGAAUUAAAGCUGGGUCCUCUGGAAGAGCAGCCGGUGCUCUUAAUCGUUGAGCUAUCCCUCCGUCCCCCGGUGCCUGUGUCCCACCCUCCUGGGUCUUCCAUUCUGCCACCAGGCCAUCCUCCUCCCUGUGUCCUUGGGAGAUACACAAAGAAUGGCAUUUGUGGUGGUUUUAGAGCCAUGGAACUAGGAAGAUAAGCCCUGUAGCUUUGGGAAGGUUAUGCUGCCUAGGGACUCAGACAGAAUACAGGAGUCCAUAUUGACAUACAAGUAGCAAAGUGGAAAGCCCUACCCAGAGGACAUACUGAUGUUACUCGGCAUCCCACAAGGUAGCAUGCGCUCUAUCCAUGUAGGCCAGCUAGAGUCCUACAUUGGAUGCAGGUUGGGAAUGACGCCCCGGUGCUGGCAGAGAGUUCCCUUCACCAUCCUCAAGGGACAUUAAAGAGUUCUGUCCUACAUGAGGACUACUGGGGAAUCUUAGAGCUGGAGAUGUGCUGCAGAGGCUUCUGGGAAAGCACUGUGGGCGGGCUCAGCACCACAGCUGCCUAAGGAGGAAUUGUGGGCUGCAGUGUGUGCCCUCAGUGCCUUUCCCACCUUGAUCUCACUCAGGGUAGACUCUGUCUCUUCCAUAAGUCACUGCAUAAUCUUGUGGCCAGUGUGAUCUCCUCCACUGGGAGACCUGAGUUCCACGGGGGUCCUGUGUGGGUUUGUCUCGCUUUCUAAAGAACCCUCUAGAAUUCAGGCUUAUCCAGCAUCAGGAGGCCAUGGAGGCGGUAGGAAGCACCACUUCCCUGUCUCUGCUGUCGGAUUCAGGGAGAGGGAGGGAAGUUUUGUGGGUGCUGAGUCUGAAAGAUUAUCACAGAUGGACCCACGUCUGGAUCUAGAGGCUGUCCUGCUGCAGGGGGUGCUUGCCCACCCUUCAAGACUCCUCGAUACUCUGAGAAUCCUGCUGGCCUCAGGACCUGCCAGCCUUCUGCUUCUGGUUUUAUGUCGUGAAAGUAGCAAUGGUGAGGAGGACAUGGAGCAGAAGAGUGUUGAGGGGAAGUUAGACCCCAGCCCUGAGCAAGCGCCCAGGUGCCACGGACACUGAAAGAGUCAGGUGUUUCACACUGACUUAGCAUAGCUCCAGUAAUUCUCCUAGCCAUUACCUAAUGUGUGAUGAACGGCCUCAGCCACACAGUCAGAAAGUUGGAAGAUGCACUUUUUAUUUGUUUUGCAUGUCUGGGGACAGCACCCAAGGCCUCAGUCUGCUGGGUACCCAUUUUUAUUUACAGUUUAUUGUACUUGCUGCUUCCUGGUUAAAAUACUGAACAUUCUUCACUGCAAAUCCCCUGGACCCUGCUAGCUGAAGUCAUAUGUGAAUCUAGUCAUAGUACUGUUAUCUCAGUGCUUGAGAAGCUGGGGCAGGAGGAUGACUUUUAUAUCAGUACCCUUCCUGUCUCGAACCAUUCUCUUCUGUAAGGUCCCCAUCCUCAGCAUUGCCUGACACAAGAAGUCAGUGGGCUCUCUUCCCUGUGAUGCCAAUCCGUGGCUCCUAGGCGUUCAGUCCUUGCCUCCAUCUGACCCACAUGCUCCAACCCCAUGGGGUUGGCCCUCCCUCUUUUUUUUUUCCUUCCAGUUUUAGAGGGCUGGAGCUAGGGGGUGGGUAGACUUGAGGGCAUUGUCUUUGUGGGGCAGUUUCCUUUCAUUUAAAUGAAGCCAAGUGCAGGGCCUGCACAUUUAAGAGGUGCAGGGACAGCACCCUGGCUUCUAGUAGUCAGUGUGAGCCUGUCUCCAGUUCUUGACUACGGAGGACUCACCCUCCCCACCGCUCGCCCCGGCACUUCGCCCCCACCCCGCACCCUCUGCGCGCCCCGCCCCUCCCCCUCUUUGUGAGUCAGGCUUUCAGCCGAAACCUGUCUGCUCUUGCACACCUUGGCAGGCAGGGGGAGUGGCCUAGUGCUCCGGGGCAGGGUGCAAAGCGUGAGUGGGCGGGGCCAGCGGCUGGCGAAGGCGGAGCGCGAACCAGGCAGGUUUGAAUCCUCAGUGACAGACAGCCGGCCGGGGCUGCGGAGGAUAUGAGUCAGCAUUGACAGUGGCUGCGGCAGAUCCCGGUCUCGCGUCAGCCCAGCACCAAGUUGUGGGUCGUCAUUUCUCGGCGCUUUGGAACGAGCAUGCGUCCUCCCUCCUUCCCAGGUUCUGCCUUAGAUCUUCGUCUUAGUGACAUAAACAUCGCGUCCUUAGAUAAAGACUUAGAAGAGCAGGACCUUGGACUGACAGGUCCCAGGUCGCUGGCAGGCUCAGCACCCGUCACCAUUCCGGGCUCCCUGCCCCGCUCGCCAUCCUUGCACUCGUCCUCAUCCCUGUCCACCUCCCCACUCAGCUCGCUCUCCCAGUCCCUGUCGGGGCCACUCGUCUCCUCGGCCAUGACGCCCCCCCAGCAGCCACCACCCCUCCGGUCGGAGCCGGCUACGCUGGGCUCUACAGCCUCAUCUUACAGCUCUUUAGGUUUGAACGGCGUCCCUGGGAGCAUCUGGGACUUUGUUUCUGGCAGCUUCUCUCCUAGCCCAUCCCCCAUUCUGAACUCUGGCCCUUCGGCUUCCUCAAGUGCAAGUCCAAACAGUGCUGAGCUGGCACGGGUCAGGCGACAGCUGGAUGAGGCCAAGAGGAAGAUCAGGCAGUGGGAAGAAUCUUGGCAGCAAGUGAAGCAGGCCUGUGAUGCCUGGCAGAGAGAGGCUCAGGAGGCCAAGGAAAGAGCCCGUGUGGCGGACAGUGACCGGCAGCUGGCCUUGCAGAGGAAAGAAGAGGUGGAGGCCCAGGUGAAGCAGCUGCAGGAAGAAUUAGAGGGCCUGGGUUUGUCCUCACUGCCAGGGCUUCGGAGCUUGGGUGAUAUCAGUGACAUCCCUCUCCCCAAGCUGCAUUCUCUCCAGAGCCAGCUGCGAUUGGACUUGGAGGCUGUGGAUGGGGUGAUCUUCCAACUCCGUGCCAAACAGUGUGUGGCCUGCCAGGAGCGGGCCCAUGGCACUGUCCUGCGGCCCUGCCAGCACCGUGUCUUAUGCGAACCAUGUGCAGCCAGUACCCCUGAGUGCCCCUACUGCAAGGGCCAGCCCCUCCCAUGGUAACCAGAGCCAGACCCAUUCCUUCCCUGGUGAGCAGUACAAAGACCUGGGCAUGCCAUGUGCCACUGCAUCGGAACUUGCCUCCAGAGCUCCACGCCGGGAUGUGAGUUCAUGCCCACUGUCAACAGCCUUUCAUAAUACUUUUCUUCCCUACCAUGUCCCACCAUCGGUGUCAAGGUAUUAUCAAAAAACCUUUGAAGCACCACCAAACCCACUGCCUGUCCCUAGGCAGGUGUGGCAUGUUUUUGGUGCCCCCAGUCCUGAGGCUGCUGUGGCCAGGCCAAUGGGAGGUCAGGCCUUGUCAAAGCACUUUGUAAACCGAGGAAUUAGACGUUAUAAAUUGUAUAAGCUGCUUUCUAGGUCAUGGUUUUUAAUAUGCGAUAACAUGAAGCUUUAUAAGUAUACUGUGAACUUGAAGUUUCCUAUCAGUUUGUGGUUAACUCAUAGUAAUGGUAACUCUGUUAGAUUUCAUAUUCUGAAACUAUUUAGGAAAGGAACAUUUAUCUAGUAGUGAAGAACUAGAAUUUUUACAUUUUAAAAUUAAGUGCAAACAAAUAGUAUUUAUAAGCAGAGAGUGGUUAUUGAAAGACACAUAUACAUUUAGAUGUUCUUAAUUUUAUGGAAGGAACUAAUUUUCCUAAACAUGUGCUGGUGCACAUGUAGGUGGAGUUUUAUAUUCCAGUAUCAGAGUGAUAUCCAGAACUGUCACGCACUUAUGUGAUCCGUGGCCACUUCCAAGUGCCUGUGCCUUGCAAGAGAAGUGAAGAAUUGGUUCAUUGGGUUUUCUCUUCUCCCUCGAAAGACAAUUUCAUGCUAAUGAAAAAUGCAGCAGAGGAAUCAGACGUUCAGAGGAGUCCAAGGUCUACUCGGGGAGGAGCUGUGCUCUGAUGUCCUGUCUGUAAUGGCAACGGUGCUUUGUGACCUCUGCGUCGCCUGGGGCGCCCCAGCUUGUGCUGAACAAAGGGGCUGUGACCCUGAGACUUGCAGUCUGCGGCACUGUGACCACCCUCACCUCUAGCUGAUACAGAGGUGCCCGGCGGCACGAGGCCAUGAGUUUAGCACACAUCCGGUACCUGAGCUGCACACCCAGACACUACUGGAACUCAUCACACGACCAGCAACCACAGCGUCGCUGCAGUUUACCCAUCAGCUUCCAAGGCGAAGGCAGGGGCGCUGCUCACAGCUUGGCCCAUGGCUCAAGUUCUGCUGAGACUUCAGCCCUCCACAGUAAAGACUGGGACUGCUCCUGGAAAUCUAGGGAGGAGACCUCUGUCCAGGUGAUCCCUGCCCAUGGUGGCAGACCUAGACAGGGUAGGUAUCCUACCUGCAGGUUCUGCCCAGGCCUCGAAGUGGUUCUCCUUCCCUAUGGCUUUGCCAAAGACUUUUAAUAGCAUUUUUUAAGUGCAAAGUGACUAGAUAAAACAUUUUUAUCAGUGACCAAAUUAGAAUGUAUUUAAUAUAGUAGGAAAUUUAAAAGCAUUUUUUAAUAUAAGACAGACUGGUAGAAAAAGCCUAUCAUUUUAAAGGAAAUGGAUCUUCAACAUUCCACAGCUAGCCCACUACUUAAUAAGGUAACUAUUGACCUGAUUUCAGUGACUUUUGUUUUUUAAUUAUAGUGAUAAUGAUUUAUUAGCUCAAUACCUAGAUCAUGUGUAUUUUGUGCUACUGUUACCAUGGUUUAAGAUUGUUUAUUUUUAUUCAUAUUUAUGCACUGUUUCCCAUGUCAGGCCUUUGGUCUCUGUGGUAACAGGACAGUGUUUGUGAUUGGUAGCUCAUCUGAACAAUUUCAAGUUGUAACAGUAACAAGCAUUAAGCUUUAGAUUGUAUGUAAACUACUCUGGUUAACUCCUCCUGGGCUGACAUUCCAGGCUGAGGCUGGGGCAGUUAUGGCUGGGGAGGCAGGAGGUAGUGCACACUGGGCCCCAUCCCAUGAGGGGAGCUUCCCCAAGCAUCUGCUCCUCUGGAGUCAGACUGCGCUCUGAGGACAGGUGCGAGGGGAAGACCAAAGAACUUCCCAGAAGGGGCCACUUCCCAUCUAUUCCAGACCUCUCAUGAGCCGAGGCUUCUAGGAUCUACCCUGGGUGGGAAGGGCCAAGAAGCGAGAGGGGGGCUUAAGGCCCAUAUGUGGGUAAUGGAGGUGGGGCCAUGGGUCUAGGAACUGAGACCCACCAUUGUCCUGAUGCCUGUUGUCUUCUAACUCUCUAGUGUUAAAUAGUGACAGUAAAUGAUAGUGUCGAAGUCUUGUGUACCUGGUUGGCAGGCCUCCCCGCAGUGUGGAUGCGCAUGUGGAGUAACUUAUGGAAGCCUUUGUGUGCAUUUGUUCUCAGAAAUUAGUUGAGAAUGUUAUGUGAAUGGGAUCUUCUUAACCCAGAUGGUCAUAUUUAUAAUACAUACCCAUUACUUUAGUGAAUUGUUAAAGUUGUUAACAUUUGUUUAAAUUUUUUUACAAUAGCAUUUAUGCAAUGGUUUACAGAAGUCAUGGAGUUAUUUUUUAUGAGUAUGGAAUUAAUUAAAACUUCGAAUCUUUA